AAGUGAGUUUUAUUGAAGAAGCCCAGCUGCUGUCCUUAUUGCCAGCAGCCUAGGAGGCUCCCUUUAGAGUGAGCUACUUCUCAGGCCAGGCACGACAGCAGUGCUAGUGAAUUUGAAAUAGCAGGAAACAGCCCCUGCAUGCAGAGCUUCCCGCCUGAGAACUCCCCAGGCUAGGCCUCCAAGCAGCUGUGUAGCCAGAGACCCUUGGUAUUGUGGUCACAUCCCUCCAAGUGGACGGUCACCAUCAGUGGUGUUUGGAGGAAGCCGGGAUGCUGCAGAUGCUGUGGCAGUUUCUGUCUAGCUUUUUCCCUAGGGCUGGGUGCCAGGACUCCAGAGAGGGCACGGAUCAUGAAGUCAGAGGCACCCAGGCUCCUGCUCCGGGUAACCAGAUGUCAAGCUUUUUUGGGAAACAAGAUGGAAGGGCUGAGGCCACCGAAAAGAGACCCACCAUUUUGCUGGUGGUUGGACCUGCAGAGCAGUUUCCUAAGAAAAUUGUGCAAGCUGGUGACAAAGACCUGGAUGGGCAGCUGGACUUUGAAGAGUUCGUCCAUUACCUCCAAGACCAUGAGAAGAAACUGAGGCUGGUGUUCAAAAGUUUGGACAAGAAAAAUGAUGGACGAAUCGAUGCACAGGAGAUCAUGCAGUCCCUGAGGGACCUGGGAGUCAAGAUCUCGGAGCAGCAGGCAGAAAAGAUUCUCAAGAGAAUACGCACGGGCCAUUUCUGGGGCCCUGUCACCUACAUGGACAAGAACGGCACGAUGACCAUCGACUGGAACGAGUGGAGGGACUACCACCUGCUGCACCCCGUGGAGAACAUUCCCGAGAUCAUCCUGUACUGGAAGCACUCCACGAUCUUUGAUGUGGGUGAGAAUCUGACGGUACCUGACGAGUUCACUGUGGAGGAGAGGCAGACAGGGAUGUGGUGGAGACACCUGGUGGCAGGAGGUGGGGCAGGGGCCGUUUCCAGAACCUGCACCGCCCCGCUGGACAGACUGAAGGUGCUCAUGCAGGUGCACGCCUCCCGCAGCAACAACAUGUGCAUCGUGGGAGGAUUCACGCAGAUGAUUCGAGAGGGAGGGGCCAAGUCACUCUGGCGGGGCAAUGGCAUCAAUGUCCUCAAAAUUGCCCCUGAGUCGGCCAUCAAAUUCAUGGCCUACGAGCAGAUCAAGCGUCUUGUUGGUAGCGACCAGGAAACGCUAAGAAUCCAUGAGAGGCUUGUGGCGGGUUCCUUGGCCGGGGCCAUUGCCCAGAGCAGCAUCUACCCUAUGGAGGUUCUAAAGACCCGGAUGGCCCUGAGGAAGACAGGCCAGUACUCGGGCAUGCUGGACUGUGCCAGGAGGAUCCUGGCCAGAGAGGGGGUGGCUGCCUUCUACAAAGGCUAUGUCCCCAACAUGCUGGGGAUCAUCCCCUAUGCGGGCAUCGACCUAGCCGUCUAUGAGACGCUCAAGAAUGCCUGGCUGCAGCGCUACGCGGUGAACAGCGCAGACCCCGGCGUGUUCGUGCUCCUGGCCUGCGGCACCAUAUCCAGCACCUGUGGCCAGCUGGCCAGCUACCCACUGGCCCUGGUCAGGACUCGGAUGCAGGCACAAGCCUCCAUCGAGGGCGCUCCCGAGGUGACCAUGAGCAGCCUUUUCAGACAGAUCCUGAGGACCGAAGGGGCCUUUGGGCUGUAUCGGGGACUAGCCCCCAACUUCAUGAAGGUGAUUCCAGCCGUGAGCAUCAGCUACGUGGUGUACGAGAACCUUAAGAUCACUCUGGGUGUGCAGUCACGGUGACCGAGGGCAGGUGGACUCGCUGACCCUGGCUGCAGCCAGGGUGUCCAGCCAUCUCAUUCUGUGAAUGUGCCGACAACACUAAGCUGACUUAAGCCAAGCUGUGAAACCUGGCAGUGCGCAGGGAGGGGCGGGGAGACUGGCAGGCCUCGGCUUGUCCUGCUGACCUGCAGACCCUCGUGACCGUACCAGGGAGGGUCCCUGAGUUUCCUCAGGGUCCAGGGGUCAGCAGGACCCGGGCCCAUGCGCCUAGGCACAGGACGUUUCCUGCAGCGCCUGCCACAUAGCGAGCUUGGGGAUAGCUUUGCUCUUCCAUCUCGUCCCCACAGCCCGGCCCUGCCGCUGGCCCACUGAGUGUUCCUGUGCCUGUUUUGCGUCCCUCCCCCUGAUUCGCUGUGGUAGGAGUAGGGCCACCAGCCCACUCCCAGCCAUGAGAGGUGACUGCCUGCCUCUCAGACCCACCUCCGACCUGCUGUGUCAGCACAGGGCGUGGCCCAGGAAGAUGGGGGGUCCUGCUUGGGUUUCUGAGCUCUCACAGAGGGCGCUUGGGCGUACGCGCUGCCUGGUCUGCAGCGUGACUGGGGAGCUCGUGCUGGACCUGCAGUCCCCUGGCUUCGGUGCCUUGGUCUUGUGCUCUGAGCUGGCCCAGACUGUCAGGACUGGCACCAAAACCGAACUCCUCGUCCCCACUCUGUGGCAUAAGGGCAGUGCCCGGUCAUGUUUUAUUGCCAAGAGCAGAGUUUCUGCCCCGUAUCCGCCCUGCUGAGGGAUGGGCAGAAGGCCCUGGUCCUGUGCUGCUGGGGAGGGUCUUGGAGAGGCAGCUUGGGCAGUGCCCUGUUCCUUGCUCCCCAAGGAAGAUGGGGAGUGGGUGGCUGGACUGCACGAGGUCUGCUGACCCCCCAGGGAUUCGUGUCCAUCCCAGCGGGGGUGAGGUGGGACCAGCUCACAUUCCACUGAUGCGACACAGCACACUGCUUGGAGCCUAUUUAUUUUGUAUUUAUUUGAACAGAGUUAUGUCCUAUUUUUAUAGAUUUGUUUAAUUAAUAGCUCAUCAUUUUCAAGUUCAUUUUUUAUUCAUAUUUAUGUUCCUGGUUGAUUGUACCUUUCCAUCUCCACCUGGUGGGGGUGGGGGAGAAGAGGGAAGGGCCUCGGGAGUGACCCUUCCUGGGCCCACACCAGCGUCCUGUCUGGUCUGUCCAAAGAAGUUCCUCUCAGGACUGGAGACAGGAAGACGAGGGGAGAAGCCCCGACUAUGGAGAAUGCAUCCCUUAGCGCGUCGGCAGCUUGUCCCCAGGAGGCCUGAGACCUGGAGGGGGUGGGGCAGGUGAAAAAUCCCAGCCAUGGGUGGGUGACAGUCCCAAUCUUGCCUGGACAGGGAGGAGUUCUUUAUUUCAUCCUUUUUGAAUGACAGGGUAGUGAGAUGCCGCUGAUCUUGAGCUUGUGACAAGGGGGUAGGGCUGGAGGACAGGGUGGCCAUUUCCCCACCCCAGCCCGGAAGUGGGACCCUCCCUCGAAGCCCACAGCUGCCCUUGCUUGGUAAUGCUGGUCAGCUGGCCACUUGACAUUUGCACCUCCAUUCCCCAGAAUGGCCUGAUGAGGACAAUUUAAAUAGGAUGCAAAGAUCAAUGCAAAAAUUGUCAUAUAUAAAUAUAUAGUUAUAACUGGAAUUUGUCAAAAAGCAGAUUAAAGAAUUGGAAGUUGUCAUUCAAACAGCCUUCUAAUAAAGUUGUUUCAAAGCUGC